ACCUUUUUCCUACUGAAAGAGGGCAUGGACAUCUCUGCAUCUUUGUCUCUUCCUCGCCCUCUUCUCUUUGUCCGAGAGAGAGUGUGACUUGAUAGCUGAGAAAGAGAAAAAAAAAAAAAGAGGAAAAACAGAAGAGCUCCUACUAUUGCCUGUAAGGCAAGAAGCAAACAAACGAUUGACCACCCAGCCGGAAGAUCGGAAGCAUUUGUUUGCUCAAGAGCAAAACAACCCAUUUUCUUCUACCAUUUUUGAGUUGAAAGUUUGAAACCAAAACAUGGUUUCUACAGUACCUCUCUUCUUUUUCUUUAUUCUCUUCACUACCCAAUGUUGUUUCAGUGCAAAUACUGAGCUGAGAGCACUCCUGGAUAUGAAAGCUGCUUUAGACCCAGAUGACAAAUAUCUCUCUUCAUGGACCAUCAAUGGUGACCCUUGUGAUCGUUCUUUUGAAGGUGUCGGCUGUAACCAGAAAGGGCAAAUAGCCAACAUUUCUUUGCAAGGGAAGGGGCUUUCUGGCAAAGUCUCAUCAGCUAUUACUGGGCUUAAGCACUUGACAGGGCUUUACUUGCAUUACAACUCUUUGUAUGGAGAUAUACCAAGAGAAAUAGCUAACUUGACUCUGCUCAGUGAUUUAUAUUUGAAUAUGAAUAAUCUCUCUGGUGAGAUUCCUCCGGAGAUUGGUAACAUGGGUAGCUUGCAAGUGUUGCAGCUCUGUUAUAACCAGCUCACUGGAAGCAUACCGACGCAGUUGGGAUCUUUGAAGAAGCUUAAUGUUCUUGCCCUGCAAUCGAACCAACUUACUGGUGCAAUCCCUGCAAGUCUAGGAGAUGUGGGUACAUUGAUGAGGCUUGAUUUGAGCUUCAAUCGUCUAUUUGGUUCAAUCCCUAUGAAAAUAGCUGAUGCUCCUCUGCUUGAAGUUCUAGACAUCCGAAACAAUUCUCUUUCUGGCAAUGUUCCUCUUGCCCUUAAGAGACUGAAUGAUGGGUUCCUGUUUCAAAAUAAUCUGGGUCUAUGUGGGUCUGGUUUUUCAUCACUGGAAGCUUGCAAUACUUCUGAUCAUAUUAAUCCAAACAGACCUGAGGCGUAUGGACCAGGGACAACUGGUCGUCCUAGAGAAAUACCAGAGACAGCAAAUCUGCAGUUACCUUGUGAGCCAACUCAGUGCUCAAAGCCAUCAAAAUCUCAAAGGGGUCCUAUUCUUGUGGGCCUAAUUGUUGUCACAGUUGCAUUAUCAGCUAUAGGAAUCCUCACAUUCACACAAUACCGUCGCCGGAAACAGAAGCUUGGUAGUUCAUUUGAAAUUUCUGAUAGCCGUCUUAGCACUGAUCAAGCCAAGGGAGUAUACAGGAAGAAUGGCUCUCCACUCAUUAGCCUUGAGUAUGCUAAUGGUUGGGAUCCUUUGGCUGAUAGCAGGAAUUUCACUGGCUUUGCCCAAGAUGUCUUUCAAAGCUUUAGGUUCAAUUUAGAAGAGGUGGAGACAGCUACUCAGUACUUUUCAGAGGUAAAUUUAUUGGGGAAGUGUAACUUUUCUGCAACCUAUAAAGGGAUUCUGAGGGAUGGAUCUGCUGUUGCUAUUAAAAGCAUCAGUAAAACUAGUUGCAAAUCUGAUGAUGCAGAGUUCUUGAAGGGCUUGAAUAUUUUGGCUUCAUUGAAGCAUGAGAAUUUAGUGCGAUUGAGAGGAUUUUGUUGUUCAAAGGCCCGGGGAGAGUGCUUUCUAAUUUAUGAUUUUGUUCCCAAUGGGAAUUUGCUACGCUGUCUUGAUGUGAAGGAUGGUGAUGGCCAGGUCCUGGAAUGGUCCACUAGAGUUUCCAUAGUUAAAGGCAUAGCCAAAGGUAUAGCAUAUUUGCAUGGGUACAAAGCAAACAAACCGGCUCUGGUUCACCAAAAUAUUUCAGCUGAAAAAGUGCUCAUUGAUCAGCGAUUCAACCCACUGCUUUCAGAUUCUGGCUUGCACAACCUACUUACCAAUGACAUUGUCUUCGCAGCACUCAAGGCCAGUGCUGCUAUGGGUUACUUAGCUCCUGAAUACACUAGUACAGGCCGUUUUACUGAGAAGAGUGAUGUUUAUGCAUAUGGAGUUCUUGUUUUCCAAGUCCUUUCUGGGAAGCGAAAAGUUACUAGCUUGGUACGUCUUGGAGCUGAAUCUUGUCGAUUCCAAGAUUUUAUUGACCCAAACCUCCAUGGUAGGUUCUUUGAAUAUGAAGCAGCUAAACUUGCAAGAAUUGCUUGGCUUUGCACUCAUGACUCUCCUAUCGAAAGACCAUCUAUGGACGCAGUUGUUCAAGAACUGGGUAACUGCAGUAGCUGUCUCUAGUGGCUUCAAUCUUUAUCUGAUCAAAUUUUCAAAUGGUGAUGAUAAGCUGGAGAUGAUGUGUCACUAACUACUCUCUGGGGAUGAAAAGGAGCAUGCUUAAUUUGAGUCCUGCUGCUGAGGACUAGACCUUGUGAAUGUUGUGCAUUAUUAUACCCUGCUAAUGGGACUUUAUAGGGGAUUUUCCAUGUGAAAUCAACCUCAGCCUUGGGAAAAUUUUGUAAAUUGGUGGAUUUUUAACCAUUUGCAGAACGCUUGUAACCCUAAUUUAUCUUCAUCUCCAAGAUUUCUCUAGGCUUUUAAUCAUCCGUGUUUAUUUUGAGCCUGCAAUGCCUGGAUCA